AAAUUUCUCCCCGUUAGUUUUCCACGCGUCUCUGUGGUGGGAAAAAUGAAAUGAUUGGUAACAUAAUACAGGAUGGAUGAAGAACAAUCAUGGGAAGGAUGAGUGUAGAGUCUAUGAUCUGGAGUCACUAUGGGAAGACUGUCAUGAUACUCCUUGUAAUAACUGUCAUUUUACAAGCUUAUCACAUGACUAAACUGAUGAAACUGCAUGAGAGAAAUAAGGAAGAGACGGAGACAGGUGAAAGUUUGCACAAGAAACAUAUAAGGGAGGUCAAUGCAGGUGAUAGAUUUACAGGUCAGCGUAUGAUUAAACGUGUCAGUUUGCUUGAAUAUGUUGAACAGAUCGAGAAAGCUCAUUUAAUGGAUUCCAGCGGAACAUACAUGAUUAUUGAAAAUGUUGUGACUCCUGUGUCGGAUGAUAGUAAUGAAACCCUCUCACUGUGUUCUCAGACAACUGCAGAUCAUUUGCAUUAUUUGAAAGAUCUGACUGAAACUUGGCACGGACCAGUAUCAGUAACAGUUUUCACACAUGGUCAUGAAACAGCAUUUGCUCUGUAUUCGAUAGCAUACAUGCAUACAUGUUUUGAAAAAGUACAAACGUCAGUGAGAUUUCAUGUUGCAUAUCCAAUAUCACAUCCUCCUAUCAAUUUAAAAACAGUCAUAAAUAUGGAAAUGCAUUGUGAUAAUUUUGAAAGUUUAAUUAACGAGAAUAACAUAAAUUAUGAAAAUGAGAUUGCCUAUCCACAUAAUGUAUUGCGCAAUAUUGCUGUGUCAUCUGCAUCAACUCCAUAUAUAUUAGUGAUAGACAUAGAUAUGAUUCCUUCCCAAGAUCUCAAUGAAACUUUCUCGCAAUUUAUAAGCAGGCAGUCGAUAUCUGAAAUAAAGGGAGAUAAAAAUAAGGUUGAACAGACAGUGUAUGUUGUUCCUGCAUUUGAAUCUCAAGGUGAUCAUAAAACAUUUGACAAACAGUCACUCUUAAAGCAAUGGGACUUCCAAAAUGUCCGUCCGUUUUAUAAAAAUGUUUGUUGGAAAUGUCAAAAGGUGACUGACUAUGAUAAAUGGCGAGGAUUACCCAACUUGCCAUUCUUGGAUGUAGGGUAUAUAUUGGAAUGGGAAGAUCCGUGGGAGCCAUUCUACAUUGCAAGGAGGAAGGAUCUACCACCGUAUGAUGGGAGAUUUAAACAGUAUGGAUUUAACAGAAUAAGCCAGGUUUGUGAACUGCAUAUUGCUGGGUACCAGUUUGCUGUGUUGAAUAAUGCAUUCUUGGUGCACAGAGGAUUUAAGGAACCAGCCAGUUUCCAUGCAAAGAAAGAUGCAGAGAAUAGCAGAAAUAGAGAAUUGUUUCGAACUUUCAAAGAAAAUCUUAAAGAACGUUAUCCCAAGUCUACCAGGCAGUGUUGAAUAUCCAAAGUCGAAGUCGACGAGACAUUACCAUAAAUCAGUGUUGAAUAUGUAUAUUAAUCAGCCUCUACAGAGCAAAUGGACAGCUGUAAAUAGUUUGUAACAAAGAAACUGCUGCUGUGUCAAGGAUGAUGUGUUAAGAAAAUAUGUCCGAUUGGGAAGAAAAUUUCAUCCAUUGUUGUCAGCUGUUGGUCCUAAACAAAGGUUGUAUUGUAAUUUCUAGUCAUUGACUGCUAAUUUAUUUACAUAUGCACAGUGUUGCUGAAAUAUUUGGUAAUAGUUAGUAUUUAUUAGUAAGCAUUUAUCAAAUUAAAUUGGUUUGGUGCAGCGCAGCCGCGCAACCAGUUUUAUUUGAUAAAUGGUUACUAUUGAAUAACCUGUUUAGUGUUUGAAAUUAUUUUUUGUUUACAGAUUUAAACUCAGCCGACAGUAUGUGACUUACUGGAUUAAUAAACGAAUGGCAGUUACUUGCAGAGAACAGGUUUGUACUGGUACAGAAUCCAGGAACACUGGUUAGGUUAACUGCCCGCCAUUACAUGACUGAAAUACUGUUGAAAAACGACGUUAAACCCAAAACAAAACAAAAUAAUAAACAAAUGGAAGUAAAAAUUGAUUUACCAAAAUAGAUAUCACGGUACUUUGAAAAAUACUGCAGUGCCAUUGGACAAAAAAUAAUUUCAAACACUAAUGUGUAUCGGAGAACUCCUCAGGUAUUUUUUAGUGUAAUUUUACUUCUCAUAAUUAAAAUUUCUAGUUUUUUUGGUACUACCUUUUUUAAAAAAUCCUAUGGAACUACUUAAGUCUAUGCAAUCUUUUUUUUUUUAUUUGGUAAAUUCUAGCUUAAGUUUAUGAGUUUAAAUAUAGAUCCUUGAAAUGCUGAAAUUUCUGUUCCUGCUAGAGACUAACAUAAUCAGUACUAGUAUCAAGGAAAAUGUUUCAGUGAAUUCUCAAAAUAAU